CAUCAUCCCACCCAACCACCAGCGUCAUCGCCUCUUGCACAUCGUCUUCUUCCCAACAGCAUCGAUUCACCGUAUCCAGCACCUCGGAAGGUCCUCUCAGGGCCUCUUCUACUCGUUUCCGCACCGUCUGCCAGACCACAGCGGGCCGAAACAGUCCGAACGCACCACCCAAUCUCGCCUUCCCCCACACCCCCCACCCAAACUCCCAUCAUGAAGAGCUUCAACCGAUUCCUCUACGGCCCAACACCAGAAGAGCGGGUGCGCGAGUGGCGCAACAAGCUACGGAAAGAGCAGCGCCAGCUGGACCGCGAGAUCAUGAACCUCAAGCGACACACGGACACGUCCAGGGGGCAGCUCAAGGUCCUGGCUAAGAAGAACGACGUCAAGUCGGCCAAGAUCCUCGCCAAGGAGAUUGUGCGUGCCAACAAGCAGCGCGACAGGCUCGAGUCGAGCAAGGCGCGGAUCAACAGUGUCGACAUGCAGCUCCAGCACCAGUUGUCCAUGGUCAAGGUGACGGGAGCGUUCCAAAAGUCGACCGAGAUCAUGAAGCAGACCAAUGCGCUCGUCAAGCUCCCCCAGCUGUCGGCGACGAUGCGCGAGAUGUCGAUGGAGAUGAUGAAGUCCGGCAUCAUGGAGGAGAUGAUGGAGGAGACGCUCGAGGGGCUCGACGACGAGGAGCUCGAGGAGGAGGCCGACGCCGAGGUCGACAAGGUGCUGUUCGAACUCACGGACGGCAAGCUGGGCCAGGCGGGCAAGGUGUCGUCCGAGCUUCCGCAGGAGGACGAGGAGGAGACGGUCGCCGAAAACGCGCGCAUGGAGCGCAUGAUGGCCGACCUGCUGAGCAACUAGGCGAUCGCCGCACCUCCCCAUGUCCGUUGCCCUCGUUCCAUGUACUUCUGUACCACCAUCGAUAUCAUGCUACAUACAUAAUGAGCUGCUGGGGGGAGGCAGCGUCUGCGCGCGGCCCGCGUGGGAACGCAAUCUAUAGCAUCAUUGGCGCGCUCUAGUCGACCUCGACACCCUGGUCGCGGAGCUCGUUCUUGGCCUGCGCGACCUCGCGCAGCAGGCUCUCGUAGGCCUCGGGCGUGUCGUUGAAGCGGAGGAGGCCGAGGCCGAGGGACGAGAGGGAGAAGGAGCCGAACGCGACGAGGAGCCACCAGGGGAUGACCGGCAGGAUCUCAUCAGCAGUCUCGGCCGCCAAGAAGGGCACGGGCAACACGCCGACCAGGAGGAGGAGGUAGAUGAUGACGGCGGGCACGGCGGCCGCGAGGAAGUUUUUGCCUUUAGACAUUGUGCUGUGGAGUGGUAGUAGUAGUG